GUGGCACACGGAGCUGAGGCUCCCAGCAUGGAGUGGAGUUACCUGUUGGAAGUGACCUCGCUGCUGGCCGCCUUCGCGCUGCUGCAGCGCUCGAGCGGCGCGGCAGCCGCCUCAGCCAAGGAGCUGGCGUGCCAGGAGAUCACCGUGCCCCUGUGCAAGGGCAUCGGCUACAACUACACCUACAUGCCCAACCAGUUCAACCACGACACGCAGGACGAGGCGGGCCUGGAGGUGCACCAGUUCUGGCCGCUGGUGGAGAUCCAGUGCUCGCCCGACCUCAAGUUCUUCCUGUGCAGCAUGUACACGCCCAUCUGCCUGGAAGACUACAAGAAGCCGCUGCCGCCCUGCCGCUCGGUGUGCGAGCGCGCCAAGGCCGGCUGCGCGCCGCUCAUGCGCCAGUACGGCUUCGCCUGGCCGGACCGCAUGCGCUGCGACCGGCUGCCCGAGCAGGGCAACCCCGACACGCUGUGCAUGGACUACAACCGCACCGAUCUCACCACGGCCGCGCCCAGCCCGCCGCGCCGCCACCCGCCGCCGCCGCCGCCGCUGCCCGGCGAGCAGCCGCCCUCCGGCAGCGGCCACAGCCGCCAGCCGGGGGCCAGGCCCCCGCACCGCGGCGGCGGCAAGAGCGGCGGCGGCGGGGACACAGCGGCGCCCCCUGCGCGCGGCGGCGCUGGCGGCGGCGGGAAGGCGCGGCCCUCUGGCGGCGGCGCGGCGCCCUGCGAGCCGGGCUGCCAGUGCCGCGCGCCCAUGGUGAGCGUGUCCAGCGAGCGGCACCCGCUGUACAACCGCGUCAAGACAGGCCAGAUCGCCAACUGCGCGCUGCCCUGCCACAACCCCUUCUUCAGCCAGGACGAGCGCGCCUUCACAGUCUUCUGGAUCGGCCUCUGGUCGGUGCUCUGUUUCGUCUCCACCUUCGCCACCGUCUCCACCUUCCUUAUCGACAUGGAGCGCUUCAAGUACCCCGAGCGGCCCAUCAUCUUCCUCUCGGCCUGCUACCUCUUCGUGUCGGUCGGCUACCUGGUACGCCUGGUGGCGGGUCAUGAGAAGGUGGCGUGCAGCGGCGGCGCGCCCGGGCCGGGGGCCGCGGGGGCCGCGGGAGGCGCGGCGGCCAGCGCUGGGGCGGCGGGCGCGGGCGCGGGCGGCCCGGGAGGGCGCAGCGAGUACGAGGAGCUGGGCGCCGUGGAGCAGCACGUGCGUUACGAGACCACUGGUCCCGCGCUGUGUACCGUCGUCUUCCUGCUCGUCUACUUCUUCGGUAUGGCCAGCUCCAUCUGGUGGGUGAUCCUGUCGCUCACGUGGUUCCUGGCGGCCGGCAUGAAGUGGGGCAACGAGGCCAUCGCCGGCUACUCGCAGUACUUCCACCUGGCCGCCUGGCUCGUGCCCAGCGUCAAGUCCAUCGCCGUGCUGGCGCUCAGCUCCGUGGAUGGCGACCCGGUGGCGGGAAUCUGCUACGUGGGCAACCAGAGCCUCGACAACCUGCGCGGCUUCGUGCUGGCGCCGCUGGUCAUCUACCUCUUCAUCGGCACCAUGUUCCUGCUGGCCGGCUUCGUGUCGCUCUUCCGCAUCCGCUCGGUCAUCAAGCAGCAGGGCGGCCCCACCAAGACGCACAAGCUGGAGAAGCUCAUGAUCCGCCUGGGCCUCUUCACCGUGCUGUACACCGUGCCCGCCGCCGUCGUGGUCGCCUGCCUCUUCUACGAGCAGCACAACCGCCCGCGCUGGGAGGCCACGCACAACUGCCCGUGCCUGCGGGACCUGCAACCGGACCAGGCCCGCCGGCCCGACUACGCCGUCUUCAUGCUCAAGUACUUCAUGUGCCUCGUCGUGGGCAUCACCUCGGGCGUGUGGGUCUGGUCGGGGAAGACGCUCGAGUCGUGGCGCGCCCUGUGCACGCGCUGCUGCUGGGCCAGCAAGGGCGCCGCGGCAGGCGGGGGCGCGGGCGCAGCGGCGGGGGCGGGCGCGGGCGGGGCGGGGGGCGGCGGCGCGGGGCCUGGCGGGGGCGGGGGCUCCCUCUACAGCGACGUCAGCACCGGCCUGACGUGGAGGUCUGGCACGGCCAGCUCCGUAUCUUACCCCAAGCAGAUGCCAUUGUCCCAGGUCUGAGCGGAGGGGAGGGGGCACCCGGAAAGGGUGCGGAGGGGGGUGUGUCGGGGAGAGCAAGUGCGAAGGGACACUUGACGGCCUAAGGUUCCCACCCCUUCACCGUGUUGAUUGCUAUUAGCAUGAUAAUGAACUCUUAAUGGUAUCCAUUAGCUGGGACUUAAAUGACUUGCUUAGAACAAAGUACCUGGCAUUGAAGCCUACCAGACCCAGCCCCCUUUCCUCCAUUGAUAUGCAAGGAGCUCCUAUCGCCAGGCGUUAAUAUCUGUUGGCAAAGGAGGGUGGACUCUGCAGAGCUUCCAGAACCCGAGGUUUGGAGCAUUCACUGGUUGCCCUUUAACGAGUUGAAGCAAGAUCAACAGACUUCAACUGAGGGACCUACUUUGACUUUCCUACAUAAACUCUUACUCUUGACCUAUCCUAGAGGAGGGCUGCCACGACCUAAGGAGAUUGCACGGUUUGGGUAGUCUAAAUGACCAGGCAGAUGCCUUAAAUAAACAAACAAGAAAUGUCUUAAUUAUACACCCCAAGUAAAUACGGGUUUUUUACAUUAAAGGAUGUAUUUAUAUAAUUAUUUGUUAAAUUGUAAAAAAAAAAAAAAAUUGUGUAAAAUAUGUACAUAUCCAAA